UGUUUCCAGCAGUUGGGAGGACAGAGUUCUUUAUGUGCUGAAGGAGGAGGAGGAAGAAGGAGCCACGCAGGACCAGGGCGCUUUGACUGAAAAUAACACACACACGAUGACCCGAUUAAAGUCGGUUGUAGCCACCAGGACACCAUGAAGUAUCCGUAGUGUGUGAGUUUUUUUCCGCCUUUUUCGGACAAGAUAUCAACUUUAUUCAAGAUGCAGGGUGUUCCAACUACUGACCUUGCUCCAGCCUCCCAGCAGUACCAGUGUGGGUCAGCGGACUCCCUGUGUUCUCCACGGCUGCUAAAAAAGGGACUAUGUCACGAGAAGCCUGCCAUCAAGCCGUGGCACCAGCCGUCCACAUCGCCCAGGCCGUCGGCAGCACAGAAACCUCAAGUGCCCCCUAAACCUGCACAUCUGCUCGCUCUCGGGCAAGACAAGAAACCCAAGAGGAUACCUCCAGCACCCUGCAGGCCUUUGCCAGCACCUCCUACUUCACCUAAACCCAAGCCCAGUGCUGUGCCACCUAUUCUGGGGGCAGCACCGCCACAGCGGGAGGUUCAGAAAGUGGGGCUGCUCAUCGAAAGGUUUGAAAAUUCAAGGGUCCCCAUCUUGGGGGUCCUCCCCCGCCCCCACCUGCACCUGGGUCUUAGAAUGGACACUGCAUCUGACAUCACCUCCACCUGUGGCCAGGACACCUCGAUGAAGGUUCUGGAAGACCCUUGCCCUGUGGAAAAACUUGGACCAUGUACCUCUGAAGGAUCAGAUGAUGCAACCGAACUGUCCUGCCUGGCAUCCAUGCACAUCGACGGCUCCGAUGACACACCUUUGGAUGUGGAGGUCGACAUCACGCACGGCGAUGGUUGCCUUGACGACGUCUCCUCUCAUGAGCUCUUAGACAAUCCGGACUCCUCCGAGCAGAUGAAGAUUCCAAACCGGGACAGUGGUAUUGACAGCCCGUCGUGCGCCGCGGAAGGCGAAGCGUUCCCUAAUGAGGACGCCAUCGAUGAGGAGGAUCAUUACGAUAGUGUCACGGAAACGGAAAGCGUGUCCUGUUGUGUUAACCUGAGCAACAAACGAGACUCGACUCAGGAUGAGGACAGUGACUUAGACGAGGGCAGUGGCGGAGAGGUCAAUUCUCUGACUGACACACAAAGCGGUUAUCUGGCGGACGCACACUCGGAGGCCCACAAAUGCUCAGAGGCGCAGAGGCUGCUGAACAUUGCCAAAGAACUUCUCCACACUGAAGAAGCCUACGUCAAAAGGCUGAACCUCCUCGACCAGGAAUUUUGCACUAAGCUCACAGAAGCUGGAAUCCCUCAGGACGUCAUUACAGGGAUCUUCUCCAACAUCUCCUCCAUCUACUGCUUCCAUGACAAGUUCCUGCUUCCUGAGCUCAAGACACGCAUCACUGAUGAAUGGAACUCCAAUCCUCGUAUCGGGGACAUCCUCCAGAAACUGGCACCUUUCAUGAAGAUGUACGGAGAGUACGUGAAGAACUUUGAUCGAGCGAUGGACUUGGUCAAUACGUGGACUCAGCGGUCUUCCCAGUUCAAGAGUGUAGUCCAGAAUAUACAAAAACAAGACGUAUGCGGGAACUUGACACUGCAGCACCACAUGCUGGAGCCGGUCCAAAGGAUUCCUCGGUAUGAGCUCUUGCUCAAAGACUACCUGAAGAAGCUACCUGAUGAUGAUCUUGACCGAAAGGACGCUGAAAAGGCAUUGGAGUUAAUCUCUACUGCAGCAAAUCACUCCAAUGCAGCAAUUAAGAAAAUGGAGAAGAUGCACAAGCUGCUUGAGGUUUAUGAGAGGCUGGGAGGAGAGGAGGAUAUUGUGAACCCCGCCAAUGAGUUCAUCAAGGAAGGACAUAUCAAGAAGAUGUCAGCCAAAAACGGAACAGCACAAGACCGAUACCUCUAUUUGUUUAACAACAUGGUGCUAUACUGUGUGCCUAAACUAAGACUGAUGGGGCAGAAGUUCAGCGUCAGGGAGAGGAUUGACAUUGCUGGCAUGGAGGUGCAGGAGAACGUGAAGCAAAAUCUUCCUCACACUUUUGCAAUUAUUGGCAAACAGCGUUCACUUGAACUUCAAGCCAGGACAGCUGAGGAGAAAGAAGAUUGGAUUCAGGUGAUCCGAGCCACAAUCGAUCGACACAAGCAAAACAGCGAAACCUUCAACAAGGCUUUCAACAAUUCCUUCUCACGGGAGGAUGACCACGCUCCCGAAUCGCCUAGUCCCUGGUCCAACACAUCCAUCGAUUCAGAUGGUGAAAGACUUCACGAGAGGAAGAGUUCAAGAAAAAAGGACAAAGAGAAACAGACCUGUAAAGGCUGCAAUGAAAGUUUCAAUUUCACUAAGCGCAAACACCACUGCAAGUCCUGCGGAGGGGCCAUCUGUGCAAAGUGUUCCAAAACGUUGGACAACAAAACAAGUCGAAUGUGUCCUGAGUGUUUUGAAGCCAGUCUCAGUUUGGAGAAUCUUGGUGGCGUUGAACAGAAGAAGAAAGCAGCACCUGAGAGGCAAACAUCACUGACGGGGGAGAACUGCCUGUUGUGUGGGCACAUGCAAGUGCAGGAGAAAGGGAAGAGUUGGACCAAGAUGUGGGUGGCCGUCACUAAGGCGGAGCCGCUUGUGCUUUACCUGCAAAGUAGUGGCCAGGAGCUCAAAGGUGCACGGGCCAUUCCUCUCUUAGGGUUUGAGGUGACAGCGGUGUCGCCAUCCGCAAGUGAUAAGUCAGACAUCAAACACGCAGUCCGACUCAGUCACGGUCAGCAAACUUUGCUCCUAAGUGUGCAAGAUGCAGAACUCCAAGCCAAGUGGGUGGAGCUCCUCUCGAAAGCAGCUCGAGGAGAAACGCCAGCGGAGGUCUUGACAAAUCUGACUGAACACAGGAAGAGCCAGUAGUGGACGCAGGGCUCGCUGUCCCCUUUUACCGCAAUGGGCCCUAACCUUUCCCUGUGUAUUACUUGAAUUUGCUUUACCUUGGCACUUUUUUGCUCCCUGGACAGGACCAUGCUGUCCUUCCUGUAUGCCACUUCAGCCUCAUCCUCACUUCCACGACUCUCCCUUGCCACCAUAACCAUAGGUGGACACGUUUGGAGGAAGCUUUGAAGAACUUGUCUUUUAUUUGUACUAUAAUGGAAGGUUCCCAUGUGAUGUUUUUUUUAAAAGAACAAGUUCUUUGUACAUUAUCUUUGAAAAACAUUUAAGUCUUGGUGUUUUGUUUUGUUUUCCAUUAUGUGAAAGUGUGUGUGUGCGUGUGUAUGCGUGUCAGAACAUGUGCGCCCCUCCUGUGUAUAUGAAGCAAUUGAAUGUUAAGUGUCAUAAACCUGCGCCACAUUUCUGUUGUUGCUGGGACACAGUAGGUAUUAUUGUACAGUAUGUAUACCAGAGUGUGAUGUAUUAAGAAAAAAUACAUUUUAAGUUAAAAAAAAACAACAAAACACUGAGAUGUGUACACUUGUGGCUGGCCACCUUAUGCUCACCUUUUAACAAAUCCUAUCACCACACCUUUGUAUCCCAUGCAAUAUUCCUUUCCUGAUGAAGUAUUUUUAUUUAAACUUAACCAGAUGAUUCUUGGUCCUCAUUAUCUCCAGUUGUAGACAUUCCACAUGACUCAUUUCUGUGUUUUUGUCUCAGCAACACCUGCUACUCACCCUCGGGUGAUGUGAUGGAGAUGAAGUACUGUACUUUCAGACUCUUCUUAUGCCUUCCCUUCUCUACCCUGCUAUCAGCACCAGCCUUUAAGAUAAAGUAGCAAUGAAAAGACAACAUCGGUCUCCUCUUGCAUGUAAAGUCACCCAUAAAUCAGUAAAGCAUAUCAAUAAUAAACAAUGUGGUGACUGAAGUACCACACUGUCCCAACAACAUGUCAGUUUUGU